AAUUUGUUUCUGUUCCGUAGUCUGUAUUUUAUAUUUCAUGAUAGGUAUUUUUAUGGUGUAAGGGGUGCCUCCCAUUUUUGUGCAAAUAAUUUCUACUGAUCUUUGAAUCCAUCUAACAGAAUGUCAGAAGUAGGAGAUGCUGCAACUCCUGAAGAGUUCGUUGAUAAUGAUAAUGAAACUAACUAUAAGCCUCCUCCGGAAAAAACUAUAGAGGAAAUAUUACAAAUUGAUCAAGAAGAUGAAAGUUUGAGAAAAUAUAAAGAAGCUCUUCUAGGGCAGGCACAAACUGGGCCAAUCAUAGUAGAACCAGAUAACCCAAAGAAAGUAAUCGUUAAAAGGCUAGUAUUAGUUGCUGCUGAUAGACCUGAAAUUGCUCUCGACCUUACAGGAGAUCUUUCACAACUCAAAAAGAAAACUUUCAUCAUCAAAGAAGGAGUUUCGUACAAAAUAAGAAUCGAAUUUAUUGUACAAAGAGAAAUCGUUCAUGGAUUGAAAUAUGUUCAAAAAACAAGUAAAAUGAGUCUCCCAGUUGACAAAAUGACGCACAUGGUUGGUUCAUAUGCUCCUAAACAUGAAAUUCAAUCAUACACUACUCCGUCAGAAGAUGCUCCGUCAGGUAUAAUGGCUAGAGGGGGAUAUACAGUUCAUUCUUUGUUCACAGAUGAUGAUAAAAAUGAACACCUCAAAUGGGAGUGGACAUUUGAAAUAAAAAAAGAUUGGAAAGACUAAGGGUGGAUGUGAAGCAGCCGUCGGUAUUAUCCAUAAAUUUGAAGUAUUACCCCGCCUCAACUUAUAUACUACCUUUUUGAAAUCAAUUUACAAGUUUUUGGAAUUUUUUACUGAUGACCGAUAUCGGUGUUGCCUUAAAUUAUAGUUUACAUAAGCCAAUUUUGAAGUGUUUGUGUAGCAAAUUUCCUAAUCAAGUUUCCCUUUUCGAAUUCAAUGGAUAAUGCCGACCUACAGUGUUAUAUUUUCUUCUAAACUCAGUGAAAUCGUAACCAUAGUGAAAUGGAAUAUGGAAAACUUGAUAGGAAACUCGCCUUAAGGAUUUGCUUUGUUUCCAGAUGCUUUAAGAGUUCCCAAGAAACUAGCAACAUUUGGAUGUUUCAUAUUUUAAAAUGGUACAUAAUUCACCUGAUAACGUUUCUCAGGGUGCAUCAGAAAGUAAUGAAGCCUGCUUUAUAAACAUUGUAUCAUGGAAUGUUGUUAGUUUUGAGAACACCGUUCUUUGUUCCUUCAGUCAAGUACUAUUAGAAUGUACAAUUUUGUGCAUACUAUAAAAUUUUUAAGUUGAGCAUUUAUUUAGUUUGCAUUUAAGUGCUCUAACCAUGUACAUUUUUAUUUGUAAGGUAAAAUAUUUUUUGUCUGGUGAAUAAAGGUGUUAUUUCCUGA